UUGGUCGCCGCAGCACACACAACAGGAAUCCCGCACAGUCGUCAGCGCCGCGUACGCGUUCGUUCACCGUUCGUUUCCAACCGAAAAUGGAGUAAAACAAAGAUGGUGGAAAUUUUUCGCACCGACACGGGAAAUGGCAAAAUUUGGCACUGAUUUUGUGAUAGACGUUGCUACUUCAAUCGAAAUACUGUGAACUGAGAUGUGUGCUAUGAUUUGCGGCAGGGUUUCGCUCGGGAGAUGUCGUGUUUAAGUGAGAAAUCAACUUUUCAACAGUGCCUGGUACCGCACCCGAAACGAAACGGUUGUUAAGAGCAAAGAGAAGAAGAGCCGGAAAAAAAUCAGUCAUGCAAUUAAAUGUAAACAAUUUUCCAAUGUGAAUUACAUAAGCAAUGUGAAAAUCUUCGAGCGUCAAUUGAUUGUAGCUAAAAAUGUGAUUUCUUUUGGAGAAAAAGACUGAAAAUAUGGUGUGCCUAUUCGACGAUGAAUGUGAGUGGACCCGCCGAUCGUAACAAGCGGUGGUGAAAAGAGCAAGUGAAAAAAGUAGUCUCAAAGACAAGAAGUAACUGUAAGGGCAGGUUUGGCUCGAUCUCUUUCUUGCAUACAGCGCGGUGCCAGUAGCAGUGGAAUGAAUCAAUUUGUUCUAAACAUACCGUGAGAGUUUACUGCGGAUGGAUAUCAGUGAGGUGUAACGCGCGUAUGACAACGAAAUUCCAAUUAGUCAUUUUAAAAGGAGGCCGAGUGUUCCUGCGGGGGUAAUUACUGGCAUUGCUUGAACACUUGACCGUCGUCGUCUUCCAGCGCCAAUGUUGACCAAUGAAAGUGCGGAUAUACGGUUGUAAACAAUGGAAACUGAAUCGGUAAAGUCGGAACCGAGUAUUAAAACAACGAGGCGUUCAAGAGGACAUAACGGUGGAAACAGUAGUACACUAGGAUCGCACAGGGAUCGAACGAGACAUUCGCAUAGGAAUAACCAUUCGCGAAACAAACGACCCGAUAUGGCACCGUUUCAAACAAGUGUCAAUAUCGGAGACGACAGUCGUGAUGGGCAGGAGUUGAUAGAGGUGCAGAUAUUGCCACAAGAUGAAACUUGGGGCGAGAAUACGACGGCCAUCACGGGUAACACUUCUGAGCAGAGCAUUUCCAUGGAAGAUGUCAGUUACUGGCAAAUGUCCGAUGAUACUGGAAUCGGUUUUGCUUGCCAGCGAUAUCUGGAGCGCACGUUAUCGGUGAUGCUUUGCGCCGUUGCUUUCCUAAGUCCUCUUGUGAUGGCAGUUCUACCAAAGCUGGGAUUUUUCCCGUCAGCGUUCGAUAACCUGGAUCUGACACAGAACGACAGGUUACAGCUGCUAGCGUGCAAUGCAGAAUGCAAAGGAAUGCUGGUGUCGUUAGCAGCCAGAAUGCUCCUGCUGGCAAUAGGUCUGUGGGCGGUUUUCAUGCGGAAACCAGUUUCCAUCAUGCCCAGGAUAUUUUUCUUCCGAGCAUCCGUGUUGCUGCUGGUUCUGAUAACUUCUUUCGCAUACUGGUUGUUCUACAUUGUGCAGGUGACCGAGGGAACCAAGGCGAUUGUUUCCGGCUCAGAAGCAGUGGAUUAUAAGACUCUAGUAUCGUAUGCUACCAAUUUCACCGAUACUCUUCUGUUCGUGCACUAUGUGGCGGUUAUAUUGCUGGAAAUACGACAUCUACAGCCCAUUUACUAUAUCAAAGUGAUUCGCAGUCCGGAUGGUGAAUCGCACAGCUACAGUUUAGGACAACUCAGCAUACAGCGGACGGCUGUUUGGGUACUGCAACGUUACUACACCGAAUUCAGCGUCUACAAUCCAUAUCUGGAGCGGUUGCCAGUAUCGAAAUCGCAACGCAAGGCACUGUCUUCUUUCAAGUAUUACGACGUUGACGGUGCUAAUCCAGCUCAACAGCAUAGCCAAUCAAGAGCUGUGUUGGCCGCUCACGCCCGACGACGGGACUCUUCGCACAAUGAGCGGUUCUACGAAGAACACGAAUACGACCGACGGGUCAAGAAACGGAGAGCUCGUUUGGUAACGGCAGCCGAAGAAGCUUUCACACAUAUCAAACGACUCCAGAAUGACCAGCCGCAACCUCAAGCACCGGUUAUUCCUCUGGAUCCCCAAGAAGCCGCCCAGGCCAUCUUUCCAUCAAUGGCCCGGGCUCUGCAAAAGUACCUUCGAGUGACCCGCCAGCAGCCACGCCACACCAUCGAAUCAAUUCUGAAGCAUCUUUCUCACUGUUUAAAGAACGAUAUGUCUCCAAGGGCCUUCCUAGAACCCUACCUCGUGGAAGCCCCGGUACUUCAAAACGACAAGGAGCGCCGAACGAACCACAAUUGGGCCUUGAUAUGCGAUGAACUGUUGUCGCGACCCAUUUCCGAUGGAUGUACGUUCCAGUUGAUACAGAACGACGUCUCGUUGACCGUGUCGAUCAACAAAAUUCCUCACUUUACGAUCAGCGAAGAGGUUGUCGAUCCGAAGUCGAACAAAUUUGUCCUGAAGCUGAAUUCGGAAACCAGCGUGUGACCUCCUCGUGCAGGACUAGCUAGCAGCAACGUGGUAGACCAAAGCGAGCGCCGGGAGAUCCUGAAGCAGUUGAAUCUUAUGCUGGCCGGAAAAAAGCGCAAUCGGAAGGUCCAGGAUCGAUUGGUUUAGGUCGGCGAUGUGGCGACUACGGAAGUGAGCAAUUAUCAAGUGCUAGAGUGCCUCCGAGGGUGGGAUUUUUCGUCAGGUUUUUGAGUUUUUAUGAGUUUCCGCGGAUGUGAGCGUGACAGAGUGAGUGAAACGACCGGUAAAGGGUCGUCAUCAAAGAAACGGAGCGUCGUAGGAAGUGUAUAAUUAUAGGGUAGUUUCUAAGACCUUUCGGUUGUGUGUAAUUAUGCCGGCGAAGAAUGACCAUGUCGUGCGCGGUUGUUUUCUAAACAGCAGAGGCGGCGAAUGACUGAGAAAACAGUCACAGAAGAAAUAUCAAAUGUACAUAUUCGGGGCACGUUCGACGACAGCUCUUGCUGGGCUACAGCGCCAAUUGCUUCAAAGGAAAUCGCUUCAUUAAGCAUUCUCCGGCAGUGACCCAUAGGUAAAACAGGACAGCAGAAAAAUUACUUGUACAACCAGCCCAAGAACACGGGCAAACAUAAUAGCAAAUUAUUAAUUUAAAUCAUAAUACGCUUCUGGGGAUUUGCAUAUCAUUACGAAAUC